UGCCAUUUGGUGUGGCCUAUUUCGAGCACCCUCUAGUGAGCAAAAAAUGGAUCCACUAAUCUACAUUUCUGCAGCCGUUUUGGUUGGAAUAUUGCUUAUUUUGGUCACAUUCCUCAAAUCAUCGAGUCGGAAAGGGGAUGAUGCUGCAGAACCGGCAGAAGAGAGGCCAGCACGUAAUGUACGUGCACCCGCUAACAUUCCAGCUGCUGCUAGGGCCAGGCAAAGAGUUGGUAGAAGAAGAAUGAAUAGAGCCAACCAAGACUCUGAUGAAGAAGAACCGGAAGAUGAUAUAUUCCAAUAUGUGGACCAGCCAGAGGGGAAGAUUGGAGCAAAGAAGAUGAAAAAAUUGGAAGAAAAGGCAGCAAAAAGGCAAGCUAGAGAGGCUGAGGAACAAGAAAGAGAAGAGAAGAAAAAGAGGGAAGAGAUGUUAGAAAAGAAACGUAAGAAAGAAGACGAGAGAGCUAAAGCAGAAGAGGCAAUUAGGGAAGAAGAGGAGAAGAAGCUCAAGGAAGAACAGGAGCAAAGAGACCACGAGGAAUACUUGAAGAUGAAAGAAAUGUUCUCUGUGGAGGAUGAGGGAGAGGUUGGGAUCAUCACAGAAGAAGAUCAACAAUCAUUACUGCAUGAAUUCAUUGAAUAUAUAAAACAGAUGAAAGUUGUCAUGCUGGAAGACCUUGCUACACACUUCAAAUUGAAAACACAGGAAUGUAUAGACAGAGUAAAUGAUCUCCUGGAGGAUGGUCAAUUAUCUGGAGUCAUGGAUGACAGAGGAAAGUUUAUAUAUAUCACGCAGGAUGAACUUGAAGCUGUCGCAAAAUUUAUCAAACAGCGUGGACGUGUAUCUAUUGUAGAAUUGGCCGAAUCUAGUAAUCAGUUAAUCAAUCUCAAUCCUGAUAAUAUGGAUACAAUGCAGAAACUUCUCGGUGAAACUUCGGCAUAGCAAUAUUUCUUGUAAAUUGUCAUUCAUUUAUACAAGGCAGUCAUUUGUAAAUAUCACUAGAAAAAAUAAGAAAUAUUGAAUUGACCACCUUGUAUAAAUCAUGAUUAAUUGGUAUUUAUUUGUACACAAUAAAUUGUUAAAAAUAAAGUGAUAAUAUCAUUUGGUUUCAUUUCUAAAAUAUUGAAUUCUGUAAGUUAUUGAGACAUAUUGUUGAAAACUGGUUUAAUUGGUGUACUCUUCUUGCAAAAGUAAUUUUCGUUAAUCUGAUGUUUCCUCCCCAUGAGUAUAAAUUACUGGAAGUAGUGGUUAACUUGUUAACUAUAGCUUUUAUUGGGGUGAGGUCUUAUUAUCCUGAGAGUGGUCUGUAAUUAAAGGUAUCGUCACAUAGAAUGUUGUCUGGCCAUCAUCUAUUGCUAUAUGUCCAGUGUAUUUAUUUAUACUGUUUGGUAUAUAAAAUCUGUCUUUAAAUAUGUGGCAGUCAGUUGAGCCAUUGCCAAUAUUUGUAUAUAUAUUUACACAGUUAAACAUGUGUGAGAGGAACACCCUUGGUACCUUUAAA